AUGGGUAAGAUAAACUACUUUCUUGGACUCCAAAUCAAGCAAUUAAAGGAUGGAAUCUUCAUCAACCAAUCCAAUUAUUGCAAAGAAUUGUUGAAAUUUUUUGAUAUGGAUAAUUGCAAAGAAAAUGCUAUUCCAAUGGGUUUAGGAUCAUAUGUUGACAUUGAUGAAUCUGGUAUUCCAGUUGAUAUCACUAAAUAUCGAGGAAUGAUUGGUUCUUUAUUAUAUUUGAUGGUAAGUCGUCCUGACAUAAUAUUUAGUGUUUGUAUAUGUGCUCGCUUUCAAGUAAAUCCAAAGGAAUCGCAUUUCAUCGUCGUUAAAAGGAUCAUGAAGUAUCUCAAAGGGACAACAAAUGUUGGACUAUGGUAUCCUAAAGGUAGUAUUUGCAAUUUAGUUGGUUAUUCUAACUCUGGUUAUGUAGGAAGUAAAAUUGAUAGAAAGAGCACUAGUGGUACAUGUCACAUUCUUGGAAAUGCAUUAGUAUCAUGGGCUUGCAAGAAACAAGCAAGUGUUGCUCUUAGCACGGCCGAAGCGGAAUACAUAGCAGCAGGUAGCUAUUAUGCACAAAUACUUUGGAUUAAGUAA